AUGAAUAGGAACAGGGUGCUCAAGAAAAUCUCUCUCCCUGAUCGAGCCAGACCGUUGUAUGAAAACCGUCAGCAUGUAUUUCCAGCCGUAAGAAAGUGCGAACCUCCCAUCAAUGCCAGCAUCCAGAAGCCAGUGAAUGAGUACUCGACGACUCCUGCCAUGGAAUAUCGGAACUCCACUCACUCUGCUGCUGCUGCUGGCCUGUCGCCCAUGACCACGAUGCUAGCGGAGAAUGUGAAGAUCUGCCUCACGAAUACUGCCCAGACUAGGCAAUUAAAAGAAAACGUAUAUUAUGCAAACCCAGCCAUAAGCAGGUCGACCCAACAUUGCCAGCCCCAGGACGCCACUCAAGAAGAACUUUUCGACUACUCUCAUGGAAUACACGGCGUCACUCGAGAAGAACUUUACGACUACUGUCAUGGAAUACAGAAACUCCAUUAGCUCUGUUGCUGCUGCUGCCGGCCUGGACCCCACAACUAAUAUGCCUGUUUCGCUUGUGACAGACACACGAACUGCAUGAGCGUCUACCUUUCUUCCUAGCUAGCGAGCCCAUUCCCUGGUUAAACGAGACCAUUUGUAAUCCCAUCCUACGAUUAUCGCAUACUUUAGAUUUACAGUGACACCAAUCAGGGUCGGAAAAUAUUUGGACAAGAGAGUCUGCCAAGUUCUUCUCAGAUUUAGAAAAGAGACUUUCUGAUGUUUUUUGGUAAUCGCAAUUCAUUAAGUGUGGAUGAAAGAAAUCCACUCUACAGUAUAUGGGAGAUACCUAAAUAAUGUUUGGAAAAAUAUUAUCACUCGAAAAUCAAGACAGAUUAUAAGAACACCACCUCGUCCACGAACUCAUCAUUCUGGAAAUUCUGGGAGCUAAAUUGGAAGGUGGCGAUGGUACAGUCGAUGUUCUGCGUGUUCUCUUGGAAGGUAAGGCCUUCGUGCCGUCCUAAACAGAGCACUUAUUCAUGCCCUCACGAGAAAAAUGAAGGGGGAAAAAUUAGUCAAAACGAAAGCUCGA